CGAGUAAACCGUCAGUCAAGUGAAACCGCGUCAGUGUUGUGCUCGUGUCCGAGCUUGUUACAAUCGGUCGUUUUAAUUCGACUCUCUAUUUUAACAGUGCGUCUGCGCACAUUGCGCUCAUAGCUAUCGUUCGGUUGCGUGAAAGUGUAAUAUAAUAAUUUCUUCGAUUGGAAGAGGAAAAUCCAUCGAAACGAGGAAAAGAAUUCCGAUAUUGAAAAAUUUUUCUACGUACGUGAUAUGUGAACAAAUAUAGUGAAGAUCGGCGCCUAUUAUCGACCGAUACAGCAUCUUUAGGAGCUGAAUUCGCGACACUUAUAUACGAUGAUUUAAAUAAUUUCAUAUUGUGAUAAUUUUUUCAACGAGGCGUGUAAUCGGUUAAUCGUUGUGCGGCUAUUCGAUAAAAUUAUUAACGUUUUGUGGAUUAGUUCUGCUUGUUUUGUAUUCGCCGUCGACAGCAACCAUCCGCAAACAAAAUGCAGAAUAGUAAAUUAUUCGCCAAAUUGACCAGGAGCUUCUUGAGGAAGUGGUGGUUCGUGAUUAUCGUAGCUUUGGCAUUACUCAUAGGUGGAGUGAUCGUGGUAUUUGGCUUCACCGCUAUUGUCAACUUCAUCAUUGACAAGCAAAUCGCCUUAACCGAGGGCUCCCAGACGUUCGAUAUGUGGCGUAAACCACCGGUACAUCCAAUGAUGAAAGUUUACAUUUACAACGUUACCAACGCCGAUGAAUUUUUAAAUGAUAAUCAAACAGUCAAACUGCAAGAGCUCGGUCCUUAUGUCUACGAAGAGACAUGGGAGAAAGUAAACCUGAUACAGCAUGAAAAUGGUACGCUGACGUUCAAUCAAAGGAAAAUAUUCAGAUUUGAUCCGACCCGAUCAGCCGGAAGUGAAGAUGAUAUGGUUGUCGUACCUAAUAUUCCUAUGUUGAGCGCCACUUCACAAAGUAAACACGCCGCACGUUUUCUCCGAUUAGCAAUGGCCUCUAUUAUGGACAUCCUAAAAAUCAAGCCAUUCGUAGAAGUCUCAGUUGGACAAUUACUAUGGGGUUACGAAGAUCCUCUACUUAAACUUGCCAAAGAUGUAGUUCCUAAAGAGCAAAAGCUUCCUUACGAAGAAUUCGGCUUGCUUUACGGAAAAAAUGGUACAGCAGCUGAUAAUGUUACGGUAUUCACUGGAGCUGACGAUAUUACGAAAUUCGGAGUCAUUAACAGAUUCAACGGUAAAUCACAAAUGACGCACUGGAAAACAGACGAAUGUAAUAGAAUCGACGGCAGCGAUGGAUCAGUAUUUCCACCACACAUGAAUCACAACACGACGAUUUACGUUUACGACAAAGACUUAUGUCGACUGUUACCAUUAAAAUUCCAAAAAGAGGUCAUUACAAGUGGAGAUGUAAAAGGAUACAGGUUCUCUCCAGAUAAAGAUGUAUUCGCCGAUGUAUCCAUUAAUCCAGAUAACGAAUGUUUCUGCCCAUCAGGACCUCCAUGCUCGAGGCAUGGAAUGUUCAACGUAUCUCUAUGUCAAUAUGAUUCUCCAAUUUUACUUUCAUUCCCACAUUUCUACUUGGGAGAUGAUUCAGUGAGGACCAAAGUCGAAGGUAUUUCACCACCAAAUGCCAGCGAACACGAAUUCUACAUCGAUGUUCAACCCGAAAUGGGCGUAUCAUUAAGAGCAAAAGCACGCUUACAAAUCAACUUAGCUGUUAGUCAAGUGGUAGAUAUUAAACAAGUAGCCACAUUCCCGGAUAUCAUAUUCCCAAUCAUGUGGUUCGAAGAUGGUAUUGAAAAGUUACCAGAGAACGUGACUGAUUUACUGAGAUUAGCAACUGAAACUCCGCCGGUAGCCAGAGUAUACUUAUUGUACGUAUUAUUCAUCGCUGGCAGCGUGUUACUGGUAAUAUCGGUCUUCUGUCUAAUACGGUCAUCUAGUAGACAAGAAACCAUGAGUUUAGAAGGUACAGCACAUUAUACAGCUAAUGAUGAGAUGAAUAAGAAAAAGAAGGCAGCUAUGAAUGGUCACACUAACGGUAAAACGAUAGACUCGAAGGUAAAUCCUGCCUUUGUCGGUGAUAACGUAUCGUAACAUUGCCAUAAAAUUAUGCGUACUUAGGAAAUUUUUUUUGAAAAUAUUAAAAUAGCAUUUGUAAAACUAAAUUUUUACCUUGUGAUCGUUCCUUUCCGCUCAAUCUGUCACUAUCAUAUACUGUUUGUGUUUUAAAAAUGUACCACCUGCAGCUUCUGGCCAUUCGCAUGAAUUCGUUUUUGAUUAGAUAGUGAAGCGCUGUAAUUGAAAAUAUUUGUUUUUAUUCAACGACAGAGUAGGAAAAACAUCACUUGUGAAUUUCUAUCCCAUAAUAUCUGCGCGUGCCUUGUUUGGAAUAUUUGUUAAUCGCUCUGAGUAGCGUUAGCGUACAUGAGAAAACAAUCAAAAGUAAAUCUAUAAUUUAAGACGCUCGUCGAGAGUAUUGCUCUAUUAUUUAUAAGGAAUCUUUUUUUAUUAUAAACAAGGCUAGUUGUUACACCAAUUUAUGCAAAAGAUUUUACCUGAAGUUGGAUAUUUCGUUGUUGAAUAUUAUGGCUGUGUUAUGGAAACACCGCAUUGUUGAUGUGGGUAUAAUCUGAAAUACCUUCUGUAAUGGGUCAUUACGUACCUUUGACUCGAUGUACUGUGAUAUCUGUGCACUAGAAUUUAAAAAUAUAUCAAUAUUUCCAAUUUAAACGAAGAAUAGUAGAAUACAUGAUAUAUAAAAUAAAAGUACUCACUUCUGUAAACUGACGACCAUUCUUCGGGUAACAACUAGUCAGUGAUAUCGAGUAUAUUUACUCAAAUAUGUACCAUAAUUAAUAAUUCUGUUUCUUAAUUUCUCUCUUCGCUGAUUGAAACAAUUGAAAAUUCAAAUUUCAAAAGGAAAUUUUCUUUGAAUAAGUCAAAAGAAAUAAAAUAAUUAUUUUGGAAUUUUUUUUAUUUUUGAAACUGAAUCAGUGCAGCCUAAUAAGAUAACAAAAAGUGUUGCCAACCUUCCAAAUUGGCGUUCGAAAUUCAGAAAAUUCAGGACCAAUAUUUUUUUUCUAAUUUUUUUUUUGAAAGAGAAAUUUUAUAGAAACAGUAAAUUAUUACUUUUAUUUCGUGAUAAUUUAAGAACAAUGUUUUAAAUAAUUUUAAGAAAUUAUUUCAUUGGUUAGUUUCGUAGCGAGAUGUAAAUAAUUCAGUGAUUUAUCCAUGUUUUUUUUGUAUGUACAUAUUAUUAUUAUUUGUAAGUUUUUCUUUUUUCGUUUUCUCUCUUUGAAUGCAACCUAAUGUAUUACAUUCAGUAAGGAUAAAGACUGUUGUAUGUAUAGUUUUUAUUGAUUGUCUGACUAGCCGUGUAUCUGUGCAUGAAUCUAAAAGGGUUUUAAGUAAUGUAGUACCUACAACAGCAACAAGACAUUUUUGGUGCCCAGUUCAACCAGUACCUACCUAUUUUAAAUUAUUUACAUUUUGAAGCUGGCUCCCAUAAAGACUUUUUGUAUUUUUUAAGUUUGUGUGCGAUUUUUUUGUUUAAUUUUAAGAUUUUAAUUAAGGAGUACAAAGAGUCUCGAUAUAGGUUUCCAGUAUAAUAAAGGUGCAAGGUUCAAUCAUUGGAUGUGAAUAAGCACAACUUGGCGACCACAGCAUAAUCUUUGUAAAUAAAGAUACUCGAAUGUUGUUUAACAAUUUUUACCGUUUGUUGAAAUAAGUACCUAAAACGUUUGAAUGUUCAAUGUAUGCGAUGUAUAAGAAACAGUAAAAUGUUAUUUUGUUUUUAA